UGUGUUGCAAGUGCCGUAAAACUCUUACUAAAACGAUUUUUUUUUAAAUCUCCCUCAGGCGUACGUGAAUUGCGCUAUGGGCAUGCACAAGAUCGGCCCGAUCCUCAUCUGUUUCGGCACGGUGAGCGCCGUGUCGUCCAUCACUAUCGGCUGUUUCUCCACACACAUCAAACGGUUCGCCUUCAUCGCCGCGGGCGCCACCUUUAACGUGGGUCUGCUCAUCGUGCUCUGGCUGUGGCGGCCGCAACAACAGGACGUGCCAAACUUCUACGUUGUGGCCGCCUGUCUGGGUCUGUGUGACGCCAUAUGGCAGACCCAGACUUAUACUCUAUUCGGCGUUCUCUUCAGCCACAAACCGGAAGCCGCGUUCUCCAGCUACCGGAUGUUCCACGCGUGCGGCUGCGCAAUGGCGUUCGGCUACAGCUACUUCCUGUGUGUGGAGACCAAGGUGUACAUCCUCGCCGGCAGUCUGAGCCUGGCCCUCACGAUGUACGGAGUCAUUGAGAUGAAGAUGCAACUACAAAGUCAGCAUAUAGGGGAUAUUGUGGCCUUGUGAGGGAGACGGGGG